UGUGGCCAUACACAUGUGAAGAUCUGGGAGUGCGCACAGAAAAGAGUCAGCCUCUCUCCCCAACAAUCAUAAUCGUGGUCAUAUCGUACGUGAAGAUUGACAUCACGUUCAAGAUAGUGUCGUCCAAUCUCCCUGAAAUCAUACCACAGUCUUAUCGUACGUGAGGAUUUGACAUCAUGCAGGGGUAGUGUUGGUAAAUCUCCUAGGCAAUCGAUUAGCACCUGCUAGUGUGGGUUUUUGAACCUGACCUUUGGCGGCCCUCAACUUUGUGGAGGUAUACCUGUAAGAAUAAUGUCUCUUUGAUAAGAAUUUAAUGUGGCCCACAUAUUAUGGUAACAAAUUAUUUACCUUGUCUCCCAAGUAAAUGAUUAUUAUAGCAGAUAAUAUUUUAUUGGUUAUGCAUAUCCGGAAGUUUCCUUGAUGGAAGGAAACAUUUAUUAGGUGUCCCUAGGGUAACCAUAUUUUAUGGAGAAGUCCGUAAGGUUAAAGUUAUUGCCUAAGAGUCUCCAGCCUAUCUAUAAAUACGCUUGUGACUCCAUCAGUUCAGCAUUCUGAAAUUGUGAUAGGUAUAGGCUAGAAGGCUCUAGGGUUUUUACUUUUCUUUCAGGGUUACAAUUCGGUGGUAAAAGAAGAAGGCGAUUCUCACACUUGAACAACUAUGGCUGAAGUUUUCACAGCUUUUCCUACUGCUAUCUUUAAUGAGAAUGCUCAAAUUCCGAUGUUGUCUGGUGACAACUUUACUGAAUGGAAGGAGAAAGUUCUUCUCACUUUAGGGUGCUUGGAUUUGGAUCUAGCAAUCCAUGUGGAAGAACCACCUAAACUUGCGGAAUCAAGUACGCCUAAUGCUAAGGCUUAUUAUGAGCGGUGGGAGCGAUCCAAUCGCUUGAACUUGAUACUCAUAAAGGCUCAUAUAAGCCAAAGCAUUAGGGGUUCCAUCCCUAAUAGCGAUAAGGUCAAAGCUUACAUGAAGGCAAUUGAAGAACAAUUUGUAAGCUCUGACAAGGCACUAUCCAACACCCUUAUGAAGAGGCUCUCAAGUAUGACCUUUGAUAGAAGUCGUUCAGUGCGCGAGCACAUUAUGGAGAUGAGAGACAUUGCUGCUAAACUUAAGUCCCUUGAGGUUGAUAUGUCUGCACCAUUUCUAGUGCAUUUUAUCCUCAACUCUCUUCCUGCGGAAUAUGACCGUUCAAGAUAUCUUACACCACGCAUAAAGAUAAAUGGUCAAAUAACGAACUCCUGACCAUGUGUGUUCAAGAAGAGGAGAGUUUGAAGCAUGAGAUACCUGAAAGUGUUAAUUUGGUGACUCAUGAUAAGAGAAAUGCAAAGAAGGGCAAAAGUGUUCCUAUGAAGAAGAAGGCAUUGCUGAUAAAGAUUCUUGCCGUUUCUGCAGAAAGAAGGGACACUGGAAGAAAGAUUGCCUGAAAUACAAGCAAUGGCUUGAGAAGAAAGGGUUUUCUAACUCUAAGGAAGUCGAUGGGAAGUGAACUAAAGGUUUAUUCUGGCAAUGGGAUGCCAUCAAAUGUGGAAGACGUGGGGACUUAUAGGCUCAUUUUAAAAGAUGGUUUUCAAUUAGAUUUAGAAACUUUUUUUUAUGUUCCAUUGUAUUCUAGAAAUUUAAUUUCUCUUUCAAGACUAUUAGUUGCUGGUUAUGAUUUCAAUUUUCAUUAUUCUUCAGUGAAACUUUUGAAAGAUAAUAAAGUUAUUGGUUUUGGAAAUUUGGAUGGAAGAUUAUUUAAAUUUGAGCUAGACCCCACGAUUGAAUGUAAUGUUUUAACUCUGCAUGAUAAAGAAAUU